CUUUCCAAAUCCACCCGCGCCUACGAGGAAGGAAACCAUGCCUUGAAUGAAUACCGUGCGUCGCUUAUCCAGCAGAGGAAGGAGCAGCUGUACGUUCUCAUUGCCGGCGCCGAGGCCAAUUCCCGCACCUUCUUGCUGAACAAAAGUCUGCUCAAGGAUCUCUCUACACAAGUCAAGCCUAGACCAGAGGACCCUCAAUGGCGCAAGAUAUGUAGAACCAAGAAGGUGACCGACUUCACUAGGUCGGCGGGUAUUCUUGUUAUUUCUGGGCUCACUUAUUAUGCCUUGAUUUCCCGUCCUGAAAUCGUAAGGUAUGGUGACUAUCUUGUUACUGCUGAGAGUGUGCCCAUGAUACAAGAGAGGCUGGAGAGGCAAGUAAUACAAGAGAGACUGCGGAGAGUUGCUACUGCUGAGGGAGUGAACAAGCAAGAUGGAUAUCAGCCUGUUGGUACUGCCGAGGGAGUGGACAAGCAAGAUGGAUAUCAGCCUGUUGCUACAGCUGAGGGAGUGAACAAGCAAGAUGGAUAUCAGCCUGUUGCUAGUGCUGAGGGAGUGGACAAGCAAGAUGGAUAUCAGCCUGUUGCUACUGCUGAGGGAGUGAACAAGCAAGAUGGAUAUCAGCCUGUUGCUAAAGCAAGUUGAAUGGAGACGAAAUGUAUCUCUUGUUUGAUGGAGAAGCAAGACGAUAUCAGUUCCAUUACAGCACUAUGUUAUGUAUGUCUCUUGAAAUAUAUAUCCAUCUAUGAUCUGCCACCUAGAACUUAGUAGUAGUAUAACUGGAUGAUAUGUGAUUGCAUUGUAGGAUAUGUGUGAUGUUGCUGGCAUGCUAUGUUACCCUUUGAGUCUAAAACUUGAGCAGUAUUAUAACUGGACGAUCUGUGAUGGCGUUGUAAGAUAUAUGUGAAUUGCUGGUGUGGUAUGUUGCCCUUUGAGUCUAGAACUAGAGUAGUAUUGUCCUUUCAGUCUAGAACUUAGUAGUAGUAUAACUGGAUGAUCUGUUAUGGCAUUGAAAGAUAUCUGUGAUGUUGUUGGCA